AUGAGUUCAUGGGACGACGAUCGUAUUCGUAUGUUUUUAGACGAAAUAGACGAUUAUAACGAAAACGACUCAGACGUAUCCGAUAUUGACUAUGUACUUGAAAGUGAACACGACACUGAUACUACUCAGUCUAACGACAGUGCCGAUGAAUCUAUUACAAAUGUAAGUAGACAUGAAAUUACUGUAGAAAAUAUCGAUCUACCGACUUAUGUUAGAAAAGAUAAAUCUAUUUGGUAUAUGCAUCCACCGCCUCGUAAUGUACGUACUCGUGCCCAUAACAUACUGAAUAUACGCCCUGGACCAAUUGGUUACGCGAAACAAGUAAAAACUCCUUAUGAGUCCUGGAGCUUAUUUUUUCCAGAUACUGUCAUUAUGGAAAUAGUAAAGUGUACGAAUAUAAAUAUUUCACGAAUUCGACCAAAUUAUAAUAGACCAAGAGCUGCUUUAGAUACAAAUAUUGAAGAAAUAAAAGCUGUAUUUGGACUUUUAUACAUGACAGGAGUGAUGAAGUCAUCUCAUCAAAAUCUCAGUGAUUUGUGGGCACGGGAUGGUACUGGUAGCAGCAGCAGCAGCCUGAAAAUCCGGUGGGCACGAUUGCCCGGGACAGGGCCCCGAUAA